CCUUGGGAUGUUUCCGUUUCCUUACAUUAUAUGCACACAUACCCGGAUGUAAUUGGCCAUUGCAUUAGCAAAUUUAGAUUGCAGUUUGUUGUAGAUACCGUAACAAAAUGGGUAAUGAUGUCACACUACCGAUGGAGAUGUGCUCCAACUUUGAUGCGGAUGAGAUCCGUAGGCUGGGGAAGCGUUUCAAGAAGCUGGAUCUGGACAACUCGGGUUCCCUGAGCGUAGAUGAGUUCAUGUCAUUACCGGAACUCCAGCAGAAUCCACUGGUCCAAAGGGUCAUUGAUAUAUUUGACGAGGACGGGAACGGGGAGGUAGAUUUCAAAGAGUUCAUCCAGGGUGUUUCACAAUUCAGUGUGAAGGGAGACAAAGAAUCAAAACUUAAAUUCUUCUUUAGGAUCUAUGACAUGGACCGGGACGGUUUCAUCUCAAACGGGGAGCUGUUCCAGGUCUUGAAGAUGAUGGUGGGGUCAAACCUCAAGGACACGCAACUGCAGCAGAUCGUAGACAAGACCAUCACCAACGCAGACUUGGACGGGGACGGCAAAAUAUCCUACGAUGAAUUCUGCACUGUUGUUGCAAAUACCGACAUCCAUCAGAAAGUGGUCGUUGAUGUAUAGCCCCGCCCCCUGUGAAUGUUCCCAGCUCCAAGCUGCAGUAAUCUCUCUCUCUCUCUCUCUCUCUCUCUCUCUUCUUCUUCUUCUUCUUCUUCUUCUUCUCUUAGCUCUCUCUUUACAUCUACCAGUCUAUUGACUUAUAUUUCAUUUAUCUUCAAUGCAAUGUUGUUAAGUUAGCAUUAAAAAAAAGUUGAAAAGGACAA